CUCCUCGGCCUCGCGCUCCGGACACGCGUCGCCGUGGGCGCCGUCGACCUCCCCCGGGCGCACUGGGCCGACGUCACGGGCGCCGGCGCGGACACGCGCGACCUCGCCGACGUCGACGCCGCCGCCGCGCAGGCCGCGGCCGCGCUCGCGGACCUCGGCGCGCUCGGCGUCACGAGGGACAACUUCGACGCGCUCCUCGGCGACCUCGACGUCCGCUUCGUCGUCCCCAUCGCGUCCGGGGGCGCCCUCGCGGCCCUCGCGCCGGGCGGCGAGCACCGGCGCCUCGCCUUCGACGACGCGCCGGAAUUCGGGGAGGCGCUCGCGGCCGCGCGCCUCGGGGAGCACGCGGCCGCGGUCCGCGCGCUCAAGGCGGGCUUCGAGGCCGCCGUGCCGCGGCGCGUCCUCGCCCUCUACGCGGCCGACGAGCUCGCCCGGGACCUGGCGCGGCCGCCGCCAGAGCUCGGGGACGUCGACGACGACGACGCCGCGCCGGACGACGCCGCGUAA